AUGGAUAAAACAAAGCGAAAAACUUUUAUGUUUAUUCCUUCUGAAUUAACUGAACUCAGUCUACUGAGAAAUCAAAAUUCAAAAUUUUCAAAUACCACCGAUUUUUACUCACUUGGUUAUAAAAUACCUGAAAUAUAUGGCAAUAAAUCAAACGACAGUGAAGUUGUACUGAUUUUGGGAUUUUACGAUUCAUUCGCUGAGAAAAAUGAAAUAUGCCCUUAUUGUUGUGUAAAAAUUCAAUCUAAUGAUAAUCUACAUAUUUGUGCUCAAAGUCUUAAAAAGUAUAAAUUUGAUCGUUCAUGCAUUAGAACCUAUUAUCCUUUAUUAACCAAUGAAUCUUAUAUAUGGAUUAGUCUUGAUAUGAAUAAAUUACCAUCAUUAUUGAAACAUGGUAUUCUCAUGAAAUAUUCUAGAUUAUUUUAUUCUCAAAACCAUAAUUGGUUAUAUUCAAUUAUGAAUUAUGAAAUUGGUCAAUCAUUAUGUACACUUAUUCUAUGGUCUAAUCAAUUUACACUAGACUAUAAUACAUCUUGUUGUGAUCAAUUGAAUUAUGAAAGAAAAUGUUCACGGCAAUAUUCCCGUUUCAUUGAGAUAAUAGUACGGAUUUUCACCAAGUUGUUUAACAAAACCAUUCAAAUGAGCUAUACCUUAUUGUUAAUUAAAUACCAAUAUGAUACGUCAAAGAAAUCAUCUACAUUCUGUACAAAUUGUUUAAAUAAGUUAUCCAAUACUACCAAUACUACAACUACUACUACUACUACUGAUAAUAGUAGUAACAUCAGUACCACAAAUCAUUCUUCCAUGCUAUAUGUCCACCAUUCGAAAAUGUUAUCAUUGUCAACUUUUGUACCAGAUCCUAGUCUAGUUAUAUUUUGUGCUAUACAAUUAUUAAUUUUAAUGUUAUGUUUAAUUACAGUACCGCAUAAUCAUCAUAGUGAUAAUAAUUAUGAUUUUGGAUGCUGUACACCUCAUGUGAAUAAAUCAUCAUCUCAAUUAUCUUCAUGUAAUACUAUUCAAUCAAAUUAUCAUACUAUUACUACUACUAGGACGACUACUAAUACAGCCAUUAGUAGUAGUUGGUUACCGAAUGAUUUAAAUUGUAAAAUUAUCCCUACAUUAGGCUUAUUUUAUUUAGAUAAGAAUGAAGAAAAUUAUACAUUGACAUUAUCAUCAGCAAAUCUCUCAUCAUCUUCAUCAUCUCCAUUCAUAUUAUAUAAUUCCACAAAAGAAUUAAUGAACUAUCUGUCACCAUCAACAGAUUACUGUCAAAUGAAUAUACUUUAUCGUUAUAUUGAAUAUUUCACAUGUGAAUUAACUCGUCUUCUAUUAUGGCUUGAACAAGAUACAAUUGAAUUGAUUACAUUGCAUUUAACAAGCUUUUAUAUAUAUGCUACACAUUUACUUCGUUUACAAUUGAAAACAAUAGCUGCUUCAUGGCGUCUAUGUCGUAAUAGUUCUAAAUGGAAUCCAUUACGUAAUCGUGUUGAUAAAAUACCGGAUAUGUAUCUUGAUUCUAAUGAAUUUUUCUUAUCAGUUAGUUCAUUACAGAAGAAAAUUUCAUCAUCCUCCUCCUCAUCAUCUCCAUCAUCACCGACAAUAUUAUCGACGGCUACUACUACACCAGGAUUUUUCAACGAUAAAAAUCACUACCAAAAACAACAAUCAGAAAGAUCAAUUGUGCGACAAGAAAAUGUAUUGUAUAAAUUUAUUUCUCAUAAAAAAGAUUCUGAUAUUAUUCUAUGUGAUCAAUUAACUAAACAAACAUGUGGAGUAUAUCUGGAUCGUUUAUUAGUUUCCACUUUAUUGGGUCUUGCUAUUGGAUUAUGUUUAUUUACUACAACAAUAGCAUUUUAUAUUACAUUUGCAUCUGUUCAAUUGGUUUUACUACUGAUUAAAAAUAGUUUAAAAAGUUUAGUUUGGUUUAUUAUGGAUUUCCCACUGGAAUCUUCAAUAUGCUGGUUAUUGAACAGUUCAAAUUAUCAAACUAAGCUAAUUCUGGAAGCACCGCGAAUGGACUCAAAAUAUUUUCCAUUUCUACAAUUAAAAGUAACUAGAAUUGAUUUCAAUGAAAUGUAUCAUCAAAAUCAUUUAUUGCAUAAACCAUUAUUUCCAUCAAAUUCAUUAUCUUUUAUGGAAAUAUUCUAUCGUCUUUUAUCUGCUCAAGAUAUUCGAUAA